AUGCCCCUCCUGCAGAACCAGAUCCGCCUGCUGACUCUUUGUCCGCCGAAGGAUCAUCAAGAUAGCCUCAUCCAUUGCAAGCUUGAAGUCGUGGAUCUACUUGCCAAUACUCCAAAUGAGUCGUUCUAUGCUGUUUCAUAUACAUGGGGUGCGCCAGCUGUAUACGGAAGAUUCAAAAAGAUGACCAGCGAACUCAACUGCCCCAUUAUCUGCAACGGGGAAUCUAUCUGCGUAACUGAGAAUCUAGUUUCUUUCCUUGAGCGUGUUCAAAAGACACCAUCUUUGUCGGACAGACAGUUCUGGGUCGAUGUUCUCUGCAUUUGUCAGGAGGAUAUAGAUGAGCGAACUAGUCAAAUCAUGUUGAUGGGUCGUAUAUACAGCUCAGCCGAAAGGGUUGUUCUGUGGAUGGGUGAGGAAGACUCAUUUACCAGCAUAGCGUUUGCAGGAUUGCAGAGAAUCUCCGAUCUUGUCACAAACAACGCCCUCAUUGAAAGCCCAGCAUACCUUCGUGGAGGUGUUGAUCACUUAGGGCUACAUGUCUCGGACAAAGAAGCAUUCCUGAGCAUUGGUAAGUUCUUCCAAAGAUGUUACUUCAACCGAGCUUGGACGAUCCAGGAAGUCAUUCUUGGGAAAGAAGUCAAGGUGUUGUGUGGUGGGAAAGUCAUUGACUGGGACGUGCUGGUGGUGGCAUCUCGGUUCUUUUCACAGACAGGCUGGAACACAUUCUUCAGCGCCUUGUCGACUCACUUUUCCGAAGAACCCCCAUUGCCAUCAUACAGCCAUGUGCCUGUUAUCCUUAAUUCUAUCAGACGUGAUCUUCCUCGUCAACAUUGGACUACAAAUCUGUUGUACGCAUUGCACAGAUCUCGGGACUUCAAGUCCAGUGAUCUGCGGGAUAAAGUGUACAGCCUCCUUGGUUUGGUCGAACAAUCUGUCAAAGGCAAGGCUCUUCUAACACCUGUAUACGGCGCUAGAGAGGUUGCUACAACCUAUAUCAAUGUAGCCAUCCAACUUCUACAGGAUGGCGAAGACCUCUUUCUACUAUCAUGUAUAGAGGGCGAGCUUUUUCAACGUGUCAAGAACCUGCCAUCCUGGGUACCUGACUGGACUUGCGGAAAAUCGACGGGGCUGUUGAUUAUUGGAUAUGGGCGGUAUUCAGCAUCCGGGAAUACUACUCAACGGCCUCUUAUUGAUCAUUCAGCUUUGAAGUUGUCACUCAGAGGCAAAGUGAUUGAUACGGUAACUCUGGUCGGGGAGGCAAAACACGAAGUCCUCGAUGGUCAACCAUUCACAAAAUGGCUCGAGAUACUCGAAUCCCUACCCCCGUGGUAUCUUGAUAUCCCUCAAGAUGCGGGGGGUGAGUCAAGACUGGACGCUUUCUGGAGAACUCUUCUUAGGAAUACCACAGGGAGGCCCCCCAAAUUGAUACCCACGUGCAACAUUGAGCUUCGGAGGUCAUUUGAAGUAUGGAUUAGAGAGAAGACAAAGAGCUCACCUCCCACCUCUGAAUGGGAAAAUUUGAGAACAUGCUUUUCGAAGCUGGUUCAGUCUAAUGAGAUGGGAGCAACCACGGAGGAAUUUGAAUCACCCAACAGCGCUGAUGAUACCGACUUUGGGAUAAGACUCGCUUGGGCUAAGCAUCUCAGACUUUUCAGAACCAAGAGCGGAUAUCUAGGACUUGGAUCUGAAUGUGUUCGAGAAGGAGAUUCAGUUUGGAUUAUACCAUCUUCUCGUGUGCCGCUAAUUCUCAGACCCGUCAGAGGAACUGACCCAAGCUUACAACGCUACCGACUUGUCGGUGGUACUUAUCUGCAUGGUACCAUGCAAGGUGAGAAGAUAUGUCCCUAUUGUAGUGGAAGAAGCGAGGAUAAACUUGAAUCACAGUGGGAAUCAAUCACAAUAGAGUGA